UAUAAGGAAAUGAGACGACGUUGAGCGGCGUAAGAAUACUUGGGAGAUUUAACAAAGGGAAACGGACGAGAGGGGAAAACGGGGACGACGAGAGGAAUGGCCAGCCGGAGUGGCCUUUUGCUGAAAGCGCUGGUUGAUUUAUCGGAGGGCUACACAACUCGGGCUUUAAAAAGCGGUGUGACUCGAGGCAGUAUCAGACACCUGACUUCCUGUGGCAUCCUUGCCAUCCAAACGCCUCCAGUUCCUCGACCGAAUGGAAGUGCGCUGAGCCAACAGCCGUCCAGGGGCUUUCUCAAUGUUGUCGCCCCUUUUGUGGGCUGCAAGAAGAUGGAGUACGCUGAAGCAAAGCUCCUUGGGUAUUCAGCCGAGCAGAUGUACAACGUGGUUGCAGAUGUUGAGAAGUACUGCCAGUUUGUUCCUUGGUGCAAGAGUUCCAAAGUCACCUCCAACUGCAACGGUGUUAGAAAAGCCCAGCUGGAAAUCGGCUUCCCUCCAGUGGUGGAGCGCUACACGUCGCAGGUCAUGCUGAAGCCUCACCGCCAGGUUCGGGCCGUCUGCUCUGAUGGCUCCCUCUUUAGUCACCUGGAGACCGUCUGGAGGUUCAAGCCGGGGAGCUGCGAACAGAAGGACUGCUGCAUCCUGGAGUUUUAUGUUUCCUUUGAGUUCAAGUCAGCUUUCCAUUCCCGCCUCGCCACCAUCUUCUUCGAUGAAGUCGUCAAACAGAUGGUGGCCGCCUUUGAGAGGCGCGCGGCAAAAAUGUACGGACCUCAGGCUGCCGUCCCGGAAACUGAAGACGAGACCGCUGUGCGGAGUUUGGGGGUCUCCUGACCUCGGCGGACAGCGGGGACGUUUUCAAGGUGACAUGAAGACGUCCUCUCCGUGUUGUUUUAUUUUUUAACCAAAGUCCUGAGCCACUGAAAUUCCUUUAUGCUGUAAAUAUGUCUAUUUUGGUAUUUUUUAUUUAUGUCGCAAAUGAGGAAAAGACUGUGGGAAUAUCUUUACCACAUAUUUGUAUUUAAAUAUUUAUAUUUUGUCUAUUUAAAUAUUUAUUACAUUUUUUUUUUCCCUUACAACGUUUCUGUGGCUGUCUUAAGUUACUCCUCUAGCUCUUCUGUGGUGUCGUUCGCCUUUUCGGCUCGGGCCGUUCAUAUUUUUCUUACAGGUACGUUGGUGCAGGAACGCGGCACUUGAGUUCAGCUAGCAAGCAAACGGCCUGUGAGGACAGUUUUAGUGCUUUAAGACCCCAGACAUUCCGUAACAUUCUACAGCCCAUUUAAUCCAAUUACCGUAUAUACUCGCGUAUGAUUCACACUGUCAUAGGAACGGUGAUUUAUGUAUUUUUUGGUGGGGACCCCAGGAAUGCACCCAGCCUUGGCCCGAUUUGCACAUGCUCACUCACAGAGACACAGUUACACAACGGGUUAAAACAAUAAUCGAGUAGUGUAUUAAGCAGGGCUGUGGAGUCGGAGUCGGAGACAAUUUUGGGUACUCGG